UCAGGCUUCUGGAUGGACAUCGGGCAGCCAAAGGACUUCCUCACGGGCAUGUGCAUGUACCUGCAGGCACUGCGGGCUCAGCACCCCGAGAAGCUGCACUCGGGGCCUGGUGUCGUAGGGAACGUGCUGGUGGACCCCAGCGCCAAGAUCGGGGCAAAUUGCAUCAUUGGCCCUAACGUGACGAUCGGGGCCGGCGUGGUGCUGGAGGAUGGGGUGCGCAUCAAACGCUGCACCGUGCUGAAGGGGGCCCGCAUCCGCUCCCACUCGUGGCUGGAGGCCUGCGCCGUGGGGUGGGGGGCCUCUCUGGGGCAGGUGCGCAUGGAGAACGUGACAGUGCUGGGCGAGGACGUCAUUGUCAACGACGAGCUCUACCUCAAUGGGGCCAAUGUGCUGCCACACAAGUCCAUUGCCGAGUCCGUGCCAGAGCCGCGCAUCAUCAUGUAG